AGCUCACUCGAUCUGUCCUGAAUAUCUUCAUUCGCGCAGCCAGUUGCCAUAUGACUGACAGAGAACGACAAGAAACCCUGUCAGUUACGAUAUAAUGAAAGGAAUAUCUACAUUAUACACAAAUCAAAUUAGUCCAUGUUCCACGAUCAGACGUAAUAACACGGCCAGCCAAUAAGAUGAUGGAACCGAAGCAACUGGAUGUUCCCCCAACAAUCAACUAAAAGCUGGGACAGAAAGAAACGUAGGAAGGAAUAUCCUUCGAUUCAUUUCAAGAAUUCUGAAUUCAUACGCAUUUAAUAUACAGUUCAGAGUUCACUUCCUUCUUUAAACCAUGAUUAAAUUAACUGAUGAUAAAGACAUCAGGUGACUCCUUAUUUAGGCCUACGUAAGGUAUAAAAGGAAAUCAUUCAGUGGUCUACGUAUGUUACGGCUCUAGAAUCUUGCAGGUAAAGAACCAACGUGAAAAGAAAACGAAACGCCAUGAAGAUCUUGUAUGCAGUUUUAUGCACCUUGGUAUCCGUGCAUUGCCUAGGUGUGAGAGAGAAAGGAAUAAGAUGGCUGCUGAAGAACCGAAAUGAAGAUUGGGGUUGGGGAAUGCGAAGUGAGGCGGAGGCCAUCACGGCGCUUCAGUUGGCUAAAGGAAGUGGCUGGUAUAAUCCCGAUAAGCCAAACACCGUCGCCAGCGUCAAAGAAAUGAAUUUGGUUCUCCUGGCAGCUAUUAGCAACUACCCAGGAUUGGACACUGCCGCCUGGUAUGGCGGAAAACUUGGCCAGUUCAUCAACGGCCUUGUGUCUACCUGUCAAAACCCGGCAAAUUUCUAUGACCAUAACCUUAUAGAACUUCUCAUGAACCAAAUGAACAACUUUCCCAAGUAUUACUUUAACCACAAUUUCGCCUACAGCUGGGCUGUGUUGGCUCUGUGCAACUCUGGUGCUAUAAACGAGACGUACUACAAACGUCUUCUGGAUGGAGCGGGGAAUUAUACUUUCGGAGUUGAUGAAGCUGCAAUAUCAGUGAUUGCAUUGUGUUGUGUGAGAGACCGGACUGGGGCAUCUGACGUCAUACCUGCCAUCAAUACUGGGGUCCAGUAUAUUCUGUCUAAUAUCAAACCGGAUGGUUCAUUUGGCAACCAAUACACUACCGGACUGGCUGUUCAGGCUCUGUACGCAGAUAAUGAAAACAGUCGAAAACUGAUCAAGAAGAAAGCUCAACUUACCCUCUUAGCCUAUCAACAGCCAGAUGGAUCGUUUGGAGGAGUGACAGCUGCCAAUCAGGUUCUCCCCGCCCUUGCUGGCAAAUCAUACGCUGAUUUGGGAGACAUCAAUAUCUGUCAGAAGCUCACUACUACUCAAGCUCCGCCAACUACGACCACAACUCCCACACAACUCACAUUCACCAUCCAGGUAGUUGCUAAUAUAGAAGGACACAGUGAAAACCAGAGUUACUAUGUGACCGUUCCAGUAGGAUCAUCCUUGUACGAUUCCAUGGGUAUUCUUCAGGAAAGUGUAUCAGAUUUCAGUUUCAAGGCCAAGGACACCUCCCUUGGUCACUACAUCACCGAGAUUAACGGCAUAUCGGAGGAUCCAGAGAAGAGAACAUAUUGGCAAAUUCUUAAGGCACCGGACACCCCAUUGGAAGUGGGAGUUGAUGGCUAUAUCCCGAAUCCUGGAGACGUCAUUAUCUUUCGACUGUCAACCUAUUAGCCAAAACGGUACCAAUGACGUAAAGAAAGAACUUCCAGUGCCUGUAUAUCAACUAGAAAAUGUGAACAUUCAGCUUUAUUAUACAUCGAAAACUGUAUCCAUGACCCCACUUACGAUUUCAUAUAAUUGAGGACGAUCUUACAUUAAAAAA